AUGGUGACCGCAGGUCCUUCAUCAGCUCAGAACGGUGCUCAAGCACGUCCGGCAACUUCUGCUGCCCCAGGCUAUGAGCUUCCAUGGGUAGAGAAAUACAGACCAGUCUUCCUGGACGAUGUCGUCGGAAACACAGAGACCAUUGAACGCCUCAAGAUCAUCGCCAAAGAUGGCAACAUGCCUCACGUCAUCAUCUCGGGCAUGCCUGGUAUCGGAAAGACAACCUCGAUUCUGUGUCUGGCCAGACAAUUGCUAGGAGACGCCUACAAGGAAGCCGUACUCGAACUGAACGCCUCGGACGAACGCGGUAUUGACGUUGUUCGUAACCGCAUCAAGGGCUUUGCUCAGAAGAAGGUCACACUGCCCGCAGGACGUCAAAAGCUUGUGAUCUUAGAUGAGGCCGACUCUAUGACAUCGGGCGCCCAGCAAGCCCUGAGAAGAACGAUGGAAAUCUACUCAAGCACGACUCGCUUCGCUUUUGCCUGCAACCAGUCCAACAAGAUCAUCGAGCCACUCCAGUCUCGUUGUGCAAUCCUCAGAUACUCGCGUCUGACCGAUGCUCAGAUUGUCAAGCGUCUGAACCAGAUCUGCGAAGCUGAGAAGGUCGAACACUCCGAGGAUGGUCUUGCUGCUUUGGUCUUCAGUGCAGAGGGCGACAUGAGACAAGCCAUCAACAAUCUGCAAAGUACUCACGCCGGUUUCGGUUUCGUUGAUGGAAACAAUGUCUUCAGAGUUGUUGAUCAGCCUCACCCUUACAAGGUCGAGACUAUGAUCAAGAAUUGCCAUCUGUGCAACAUUGAUGCUGCUUUGUCAAUGCUCAAGGAGCUCUGGGACUCUGGCUACUCGUGCCACGACAUAAUCAGCACCAUGUUCAAAGUCACAAAGACGAUUCCUGUUCUCUCAGAGCAUGCCAAACUCGAGUUCAUCCGCGAGAUUGGCUUCACACACAUGAGAAUUCUCGAGGGCGUGCAGACCUACCUUCAGCUCUCUGGCUGUGUCGCAAAGCUCUGCAGGAUCAACAUGAAGCCCGGUCUGUUUGUGCUUCCAAAGUAG